AUGCGGAGAGUGAAGAGCGCCGGGCCUGCGCUGGUGCGGCAGAUGGCGACAACAAGUGCUGCAGCGAUCCCGCCUUAUCGCGGCGGUGAGGCAUUGUGGGGCACCCGGGCCAGUGAACCACCCGGACCCGCGGCCCUCCCGAAGCAGCCGGCCUCCACUCGGCCCCCACGCCCGCCCCCUCACCUCUUCCGGCCCUUCACCGUGCGCGGCCUCACCCUCAAGAACCGCAUCGUCGUCUCCCCCAUGUGCAUGUACAGCUCGACGGACGGGAUGCUGAGCGACUGGCACCUGGUGCACCUGGGUUCGUUCGCCAAGGGCGGAGCCGGGCUGGUCGUGUUCGAGGCCUCCGCGGUGGUCCCAGAGGGCCGCAUCACCCAAUAUGACGCCGGCAUUUGGAAGGACGAACAGAUCGGACCCAUGAGCCGGAUCGUCGACUUCAUCCACCAGCACAAGAGCGCGGCCUGCCUGCAGAUCGCGCACGCGGGACGGAAGGCAAGGGAGGUGCGCCGGACGCUGAAGGCGGCUGGCAGACCGUGGGCCCUUCGCCGUGAUGACAUGCGCCAGCCAAAGGAGAUGACCAAGCAGGAGAUCCAGGAUACCAUCCGGGCAUUCGUCGACGCGACUGUGCGAGCCGACAAGGCGGGAUUCGACGCUGUCGAGGUGCACGGGGCACACGGCUACCUCAUCUCCUCCUUCAACUCGCCUCUCUCCAACCACCGAACCGACGACUACGGCGGGUCGUUCGAGGGGAGAACAAAGCUGUGCCGGGAGAUCGUGAAGGAGGUGCGCAACGCGUGGCCGCGAGAGAAGCCCCUCUUCGUGCGCCUGUCGUGCACGGACUGGGUCGAGGGCGGCUGGGACCUCCCGCAGACCGUGCGCCUCUGCCGCGACCUCAAGGAGCUCUGCGCCGACGUCAUCGACUGCUCCUCCGGCGGUCAAAGCCCCAGCCAGAAGAUAGCCGUGGGUCCGAGCUACCAGGUGCCCCUCGCGGACGCGGUGCGCCGCGAGGUGACCAUCCCCACCUGCGCCGUGGGCGAGAUCUCGCAGGCGGCGCAGGCCGAGGAGAUACUGGUCAACCAGCGGGCCGACCUGGUGGCUAUCGGGCGCCAGUUCCUGCGCGAUCCCUUCUGGCCUCUCCACGCCGCCCGCGACCUGGGCGCCGAUCUUCACUGGGCCGUCCAGUACGUCGCCCCCUUUUAUUUAUUUUUAUUUAUUUAUCUUGUUUCAUUAUCUUUCGUUACUUUUUACUAA